AUGAAUGACAUAGCGAAAAUUAUUAUUUUUCUUGCAGUUUUAGUUUCAGAUUCGCUUUAUUACCUAUCUUGGGCUGAAACAUUCCCACCCCUUAAUUGUUCUACUUCCUCUGUUCGCAGUUGCGAUGCUUACAUUUAUCUCCGUAAUGUAACUGAACCCAUCGAUUCUGUUGCAUCCAGAUUUAACAUCUCUGCCCAGGAAAUCACCCCCUUUAAUCUGCCUGAUUAUUUGGGUAAAAUUCGGUGUUCAUGCCUAGAAUUCUUAGGAGUGGAGGCCUUUUUCUACAAGCUGAACUAUACAGUGCAACCUUCUGAUGUGGGUUUAGUUAAAAGAGAGAUUUCUGACAAGUAUUUUAGCCAUACUGCUUGGACGGAGGUAAAUGCACUUGAUACAUAUAAAGCAGGCUAUAAAUUAGAUCUAGGUCUGGGUUGUGGGUGCCCUAUUCCUGGAUGGAAAUCAAUUGUCUCUUAUGCAGUUCCCCCAGGUGGUGCGCUCUACUGGAUAAAUACAACAUUUAACUCCAACUUUGACGACAUAGAAACCCUCAACAACAUCACGGAUCCAAAGCUUAUACGAGCGAACAGAGUAUACUUUAUCCCUUAUCUAUCAGAUGGGAGAACUCCGAAAUUUCAACCUCCCGUUCCUCAACCCAGCUUGGGAAAAACGAAAGGUCCACAAGAAAGCCAUCACAAACCAAUAAAAACAGUGAAAGUUUCUCUUCCGAUUGCUGGUGCAAUCCUGCUUCUAGUGUUAUCAAUAGUUGGUUUUUACUAUGGAUGCCGCAAAAGAGCGAAACUUUCUGAGUCUUCUACAGCCUUAGAAAAUGGACAAAUUGAAUAUAAGGCUGCACAGACUGGUAAUAUUAUAACUCUAAAUGGAUCAGAGCAUAAGCACGAACAUGGAGAGAACCUGGAUAUAGCUCUUUCACUGCCCACAUUAACAAACCUUACACAUGAUGAGACAAUUCAAAUGAAAAGCUAUUGUAUCCAAUGCUACGAAAUUGGGGAAGGAAGCUUUGGAAAAGUGUACGUGGGUAAUUUGAAAGAGAAAGAUGUGGCUAUAAAGAAGAUAAAAUGUACAGGGAAAGACAGCAAGAAAUUAAUUGAGAAUGAAGUGAGUCUUCUGCAAGGAAAGAAGCACAAAAAUAUAGUGUCUCUAAUUGCAUGGUGUAUUGAAGAUAAAGCAUUUUAUUUGGUGUAUGAAUAUGUUAGUGGAUGUACUCUUGAUGAAUACUUAAGAGGAAGUUGUGCACAACUUUCUCUGAGCUGGAAGCAGUGUCUGGGAAUAAUAUCAAGUAUAGCUGAAGGAAUAGAGUUCUUACAUUUCAACAGAAUCAUACAUGUUGAUAUUAAACCUCAAAACUUGAUGGUGGAUGGUAAGGAUAAUGAGGUAAAAAUUAUUGACUUUGGGUUUUCAAGAGAUGUGGACUGGGAAGGUAGCCACUGGACAACUGAUAGAAUAACAGGCACUAGAGGAUAUUGGGCUCCAGAAUAUUGCCUUAACCACAAACUCUCGUACAAGCAUGAUGUUUAUAGUUUUGGAAUUGUUGCUUUGGAGGUAAUAACAGGGCAGAAGCAUGUUGACAAUGCACGAGGCUCAAGCCAGUUCCAUAUUCCAGACUAUGUACGCUAUAUGAUGGCUUGUAAUCGUUUCGAACAAGCUUUGGACGAAAGGAUCAAAGGGGAAGGCUUUGGUGAGCGUGAUCUUAUAAAUGCUUUGGCUGUAGCAAACUUAGCCCUCAAAUGUGUUGAGCACAACAAGGAAGAGAGACCUGAUAUGAGCUAUGUGAUGAGGGCGCUCAAUAGCAUGAGCAAAGAAAAUACUGAAGGAAAUUCUAUUGAGAUUGUCAGUUGA